AACGGAUCUAGCACGGGGAAAAGUUGUCCGUGAGUUGGGUGUCAUCUAUCUUCCAUCUCAGCUAUGAAUCCGGACCUAGAGAUUUAGAAGACCACAGCAUUCCCUUCCUACCUCACAAUCUGUAUUUUCCUAGAUCGUACUCCCUCUCGGAUAGAUCAUCUACCUACAAUACCUACAAAAUGGGCGAGACCAGCUCCAACCCCGAAGCUCUGAUCCCCGCCUUCAAGCUCGAACGAGUGCUUAACCAAGACCAAGCCGGCCGACGAACCAUUCUCCACGGACACAUCUCAGACAAACCCGCGAUCCUGAUCCUUGAGCGGGCGCCCUUCCCCACCUCACCAGCCUACCUCUCGCAGCUGCCCAGCACGCUACAAACGCUCACGAACCUCGGCGCGAACGACGUAUACUUCUGGUAUCUUGCCAACAGCGGGGUUUCGAACGGCGACUCGACGCCCGGGGAAUCAGCGGAUCUGAAGAUUAACCUUAUAUAUCCGUGUACGGAACAGCAUGUUAAGAAAUAUAGUAGGCAGGGCGUGAGGAUGGUGGUUGAGACGCCGGAGAUAUACGCGGAGAAGAUACGACCGUAUAUGUUGCAGAAACGGGAAGAGGGGAGGUUGAACUGGGUGUGGAAUAUCAUAGAUGGGAAGACGGAGGUCGAGGACGUGAUUUAUCGGACGCCGCGGGGUCGCGACGGGGAUGAGGGGUUCUUAUUACUGCCUGAUCUGAACUGGGAUCGCAAGACGAUAGAGGGCUUGCAUUUGCUGGGCUUGGUGGAGAGAAUGGAUAUCUGGAGUUUGCGAGAUUUGAAGAAGAAGCAUAUUCCCUGGCUGAAGGAUAUGAGGGCCAAGCUCAUAGAAGCUACGGUGAAGACGUAUCCGAUGGUGGAAGAGGACCAGCUGAAGCUGUAUGUGCACUAUCAACCUACAUACUACCAUUUCCACAUCCACAUCGUGCAUGUGGCAUUGGAGUCGGGAGCUACGCAGGCUACGGGGAAGGCCAUUGGGCUAGAGAGCAUUAUUGAACAAUUGCAGUCGAUGGCAGGAGAUCAGGAGGCGGGAAUGGAUACAGUGGCUUUGCAUUAUACAGUUGGGGAAGCUAGUGAGCUUUGGACGGAAAUAUUCGAACCCAUUAAGAAGACUGGUGGUAGAGCUUCUCAAUCGCAAUGACAAGAUCGUUGACCCCGGCUCCGUUCGGGCAGUCCUUCCACUCACCUCCAUCGCGCACGCAGUAUAUCUCGUUGUUUAAUCGCACCGUGCAGGACUUUGUUACGCCAGCAUCUUUGCUCCUCCUAACGCUUUCCCUCAACAUCCCCAUACCAAAACCACCAUCAUCUCUCGCAGCGCACUCGUUGAGCUUUGCAAAGUCCAUGCCGUGCUCCAGCGCGCAAUCCUCUAUCAAACUGCGCUGGGGUAUUUCGUCG